AUGGGACACCUACAGUGGUUACUCCGUCACCUAAUGGUUUGUUUGUUGAUACAUUAUGUAAUAUCUUCUCCAUCAAAUCCAAAUACCACACAUUCCAUUCCAAGUUCUACAACUUCAAGUCCACAUACCACACAUUCCACUCCAAGUUCUACGACUUCAAGUCCAAAUAACGCACAUUCCUCUCCAAGUUCUACGACUUCAAGUCCAAAUACCACACAUUCCACUCCAAGUUCUACGACUUCAAGUCCAAAUAACGCACAUUCCUCUCCAAGUUCUACGACUUCAAGUCCAAAUACCACACAUUCCACUCCAAGUUCUACGACUUCAAGUCCAAAUAACGCACAUUCCUCUCCAAGUUCUACGACUUCAAGUCCAAAUACCACACAAACUUCUCCAAGUUCUACGACUUCAAGUCCACAUACCACACAUUCCACUCCAAGUUCUACGACUUCAAGUCCACAUACCACACAUUCCACUCCAAGUUCUACGACUUCAAGUCCACAUACCACACAUUCCACUCCAAGUUCUACGACUUCAAGUCCAAAUAACGCACAUUCCUCUCCAAGUUCUACGACUUCAAGUCCAAAUACCACACAAACUUCUCCAAGUUCUACGACUUCAAGUCCACAUACCACACAUUCCACUCCAAGUUCUACGCCUUCAAGUCCAAAUACCACACAUUCCACUCCAAGUUCUACAACUUCAAGUCCAAAUACCACACAUUCCACUCCAAGUUCUACAACUUCAAGUCCAAAUACCACACAUUCCACUCCAAGUUCUACGACUUCAAGUCCACAUACCACACAUUCCACUCCAAGUUCUACGACUCUAAGUCCAAAUACCACACAUUCCACUCUAAGUUCUAAACCAUCAAGUCCAAAAGCGUCUUCAUCCAAACAUGAAACGUCUCCAGUCAGUGAACCGACUGCAACAACACCUCCAACUAGCCCAGUAUCAGGUAAUCUCUAAAUUAAUUCAAAGUUUACAUUUCAGUUAUAAAGUAAUUUACAUCAAACGGGAUUAGUCAUCAUUUCCAAAUUACUUUCAGGGAAGGUGACCAUUAUGGAAGUGUACUACAACCUGCCACAAGGUCAUGACCAUGAUGACAUGCCCGAGUUUCUUGAGCUUUAUGGGGAUAGAGAUCUGUAUUUACAGGGUUAUACCAUUGUCCUGUUUGCCGGGGAUGAGAUGGAAGCUUACUUGAUUAUCUCCCUUGAUGGAUACAAACUUCCACAUACAAAUGCAGCUUUUGUAAUAGCCACAUUCAAUGCAUCAUUUGGACCAGACAUAAUACUGACCAACAAGUCCUUGACCGGUCCAAGCGGCGAAGUCACCAUGGUUGCAUUAUAUAAGAAUCACAGUUCUUCUUUCACGCUGGACAGCACACCAACUCGUGAUGGUCUAGUGGACUAUGUUGUGUAUAGUUCAGGUACUUCCGACAUGCCGUCAUACAUUCGUGAUUGGAGUUAUGGAUUUAAGGCUGUGGUCAAAGACAGUCAUCAUCCUUAUGAGUCAGUCAGCAGAUGUUACAGUGAUGAGCCAAAUAAUCAGCGGGCGUUUACUCUAUCACUUCCAACACCAGGGGAAAAAAAUGCCUGUGAUCUGAGAGAUAAUUAUCCAAUUAUCAACGAAAUUGGACAUGUUGGAAAAAAUCACACAUGUUUCAUAGAGAUACAAUAUUCCAACAAUGCUUCACAAGCCUUGAACUCCUUCUUCCUGGCCAUCUACAGUCUGGCUACUACUGCAGGCCAUCCCAUACAGAAUGUGACCUUUGACCUGUGGAACGAAAGGAUUGAUGAAAGUGGGUAUUAUCUUCUGAAUGGCACAUCUAAUGGAUUGCUCACUUUGGAUUGUGAGAAAACUUUCGUGGGUGGAACCAUUGUUGUGGUGCUCUAUCAGGUACCUUCAGAUCUAAGAUACUUCAACAAGAAAUUUUCUGCUGACGAUACUUACCAGUACCUCAUAGACGGAGUAGCAUUUAACAUCUCACAACCACUGGAAACAAGUCUGGCCAAGAUAGUGUUACCUGAGAAACAAGAAUUCCCGAGGCUGUCACUUCAUGAUGGAGGAUCUUUGUUCUUGUCAGGAGAACAGACACUGUCUUCAUGUGGAAGAUUUAUCUAUAACUUGACAGACCCUACCCCUGGAGGUCCUAACGACUGCCCUCUCAGACCUUCCAUACUGCCCACUGUUACCAUGUCAACCUCACACCACACUGUGAAGCCGAAUCAUGUCUACAUCAAUGAAGUAACAUAUUCGGUCAAAAACAGCGAGGAAUACAUAGAGUUCAAAGGUGACACUCAUGGAGACUUUAGUCAUUACUACAUUAUACUGUUUAACACCUGUACUGGGGAAAAGAUUGGAGGUGUUCCCCUGAAUCAUGCUUUAGAUCAAAAGGGAUUUCUACAGUUUAACCAUACGUCUACACACACCUUCUUAGAGACCUUGAAGCACACAGGGAGUAUAGCCUUAGGAUUGUACACACAUAAUGUAACCAGCAUCAAUGUCACUCAGGGACUUUUGGAUGCAAUCGUCAUGCAGACUACUACAAAUGGAAACUGCUCUUUUUUGUCCUUUUCUCUGAACUAUUUGACACCAAAUGUCUUGAAACCAAUAUUCUUGAGUAAAAGUGACCUUGACGAUGGAAUGACCUUAAGUCGAUGUUCUGGAAACCUUCGGAAUUCUAGUUCCUUUAAGGUGACCAAGUUACUAACAGAGAGUACGCCUGGUACAGAAAACAUCUGUGAUACUCCAAUACCACAUGUGUUGCCAGUCCAGGAUGACAAGAAUCCCAAUGCUGUUAUGAUAACGAUAGCUGUGGUAGCUUCCUGUCUGGUUGUCUUCCUGAUCAUCUUCGGUGGCCUUGUUGUCAUCAUGAAACGGAAAAGAAGAGGAGUUCUACAAUUCCGCUUAGCCAUCAUGAAAGAUGACGAUGAUGAUGAAUUGAUCAGAAACUUGGAUGAUCAACAAGAAGACCUUAUAUGCUUCGACAAUAAUGAAGAUGCAACUUUUGAUAACAAAGUUUACUAA